AUGGAAUUUGUGGAGAGUGAUCCAUUGAACACGGGAUCUGAUGGUAUGGAAGAGGACCCUUCAAGUGGAAGUGGUGGUUCAGUGGUAAUGCUACUGAACUACACAAAGGCCCGUACAUCUGCUUCCAUUAUCCUGCGUGGAGCAAAUGAUUUCAUGUGUGAUGAGAUGGAGCGUUCUGUCCAUGAUGCACUCAGUGUGGUCAAGAGAGUUUUGGAAUCCAAGUCGUUAGUACCAGGUGGUGGUGCUGUAGAAGCUGCACUCUCCAUCUACUUGGAGAACUAUGCAACUAGUUUGGGAUCACGUGAGCAGCUUGCAAUUGCUGAAUUUGCCCGGGCUUUGUUGGUUAUUCCAAAGACACUGGCAGUAAAUGCAGCUCAGGAUUCUACAGAUCUGGUUGCUAAGCUCCGUGCAUUCCACAAUGAAGCCCAGGUAAACCCAGAACGUAAAAGUCUGAAAUGGAUUGGUCUCGAUUUAGUGAAUGGAAAACCAAGGGACAAUAAGCAAGCUGGUGUUUUUGAGCCGACCAUGGUCAAAACAAAGAGCCUGAAAUUCUCAACAGAAGCUGCAAUUACCAUUCUUCGCAUUGAUGACCUCAUUAAACUUUAUCCAGAGGACAAACAAGACAAAGGAAAGAGUUACCAUGAUGCAGUUCAAAGUGGAGAGCUUGAUGGUUGAAGAAUUGAAGUUUUAAAUGUUAUGUUUAUAGCUGCAGUAUUUGUUGGAUUAUUAUUAGUAUUUUUACAGAAAGCAAAAUACGAAGUAAAUUUUCCCGCUUUCUGCUUUCACUUGUAGCUAUAGUGAAUAUUUAAUUAUUUCUAGUACCUGCAUAUUCCACUCAGGAAAAAUAUCUCUUUCUUUGAAACUUGAAAAUUGCUUGCAUAAUACUUUGUUUUCUUGCACUGGAUUGACAUUCAUGUCUUGAAUAAAGCUGUCAAACUUC